AUGGUGGCUGCUGCUUCUGAAAUUAGAAUAGAAAGCCUUAGCUCUUCCAAAUUUAAGAACAACAUUUGUACCCAGCCUGUUAGGAUUUGUAGAAUCCUAGAGGAAUUUGCAGUGAAGAUGUCUGGCCAUCCACAUCCAUUUAUAAAGAAAUUGUCUAAAAAGAAAAAGAAAUUAGUAAAGGACUUAGUGUUUCCUUUUUACAAGGCAAAAGCUGAUAAAUAUUGGAGUUUUUACACAACCUUUUGUAAGAAACUUAGAAAGAAAGAUUUCAGGAAAUCUCUAGUAGUAACACAGGUGAUAAAAGCAAUAAAAAAGAAGGUUUCAAAUGAUAAGACACCUAAUUGGCUAUGUGACCCAUUACUGAUUGUGGAAUUAAGACAUUACAUAGACAUAUUACCUUUUUAA